AUGCCUCGCGGAGACCAAAAACUGUACGUUGGCAACCUGCCAAGCGACGUGCGCGAGCAAGAAGUCGAGGACAUUUUCACCAAGUACGGGCGAAUCAAGAACGUUUCGAUCAAGUCGGGCCGCUCUGGACCCGCUUUCGCUUUCGUCGAGUUCGAGGAUAACCGUGACGCCGAGGACGCGCUCCACGGCCGCAGCGGAUACGAAUUCGACGGAAAGCGCAUAACGGUCGAGUUCACGCGUGGAGUGGGUCCGCGAGGACCGGGCGGCCGACCGAUCAACGACUCGCGCGGCGGCGGCGGCGGCGGAGGCCGUGGAUUCGGAGGUGGCAACGGAGGCGGAAGACCGCAGAAGGGCACCGGACACCGGGUGAUCGUCGAGGGACUGCCGGAAACCGGAUCGUGGCAGGACCUGAAGGACCACAUGCGCGAGGCGGGCAAUAUCUGCUACGCGGACGUCGCCCGAGACGGAACCGGAAUCGUCGAGUUCGUCAAUUACGAGGACGUCAAGUAUGCGAUCCGCAAGUUGGACGAUACCAAGUUCCGCUCCCAUAAGGUUAGUUUCAUAGUCAACCCUUUCUUCUUAAUCACAGUAUAUUUUCAGGGUGACACUGCGUACAUCCGUGUUCGCGAGGACUCGUCGGCCGGCGGAAAGAAGACCAGCCGUGACCGUUCCCGCUCCCGGUCCCGGUCCCGUACCCGCUCCCGGUCUCCAGUUCGUCGUGCUUCUCCGUCGCGUUCCCGUUCGAGAUCUCCCCGUGACCGUGCCUCUCCGAAACGUCGUUCUCCGUCUCGCAGCCGAUCUCGCUCGGCCAGCCGUAGUCCAGUCCGCUCCCGUUCGGCCAGUCGCGAUCCAUCCCGUUCCCCGUCUCCGCAAUGA